UCUUCCUUCAUUCACGCCCCCCCUUCUCCCCUGGUCCUCUUUCUUUCUCUCUCUCUCAAAAGGCAUUAAAAUCGGAAGAUACACCAAAAUUUCAAGAUCACUUUCACUUCUUCUGUAAAACCCUAAUCAUCGAUCCCUUUUUUCUCCUCGAUUUUCCUAUUCCAUUUCGCCGAUCAAAUCGCGUUCCCCUCAUUGUUCUACUUCCGUACUUCUCUCAAGAUCCGCAGAUGCUUCUUCCAAUUUCUGAUUUCUGAAAGCCUUUUUACUCCUCUUUUGUAGCUGAAGUCUGGCGGUUUUGGACCUUAUGUAAAUGGCGGAUCCGCCAGGUAUCCGCCUUCUCUACGCUUUUUGUGGUAUUCGUAAAGCUCCGGGAGUUGUUGGUUUCUUUUGUCUUCGAUUCGCGUUGGUAGACUUGCCGUGAGUGAAGCAUGCUGAGCGUGGUACGCGUGCACCUGCCCUCUGAUAUUCCUAUUGUAGGUUGCGAACUCACGCCCUACGUCCUCCAUCGCCGCCCAGAUAAAAACAUCAGUACCGACGAUGUAUCUGAGUCCGCUCCUAUUGAUGGUCAAUUCCUGAGAUACAGAUGGUAUCGCUUACAGAGUGAUAAAAAAGUUGCUGUUUGUAGUGUGCAUCCUUCUGAGCAAGCCACUUUACAGUGCUUAGGUUGUGUUAAAGCCAAAAUUCCUGCUUUCAAAAGUUAUCAUUGCACCACCAAAUGUUUCUCAGAUUCUUGGCAGCAUCAUCGUGUUCUACAUGACCGUGCUGCAAGUUCUAUGAAUGAAAAUGGUAAUGAAGAGGAAGAGUUAUUUGGACGUUAUAAUAAUAAUAAUUCUGCAUCUGGUGUCAUCAACUCUAGCUCUUCUAGUUCUACGAUUAGUACUAGCUUGACAAAUGGUUUAACGCCAUUGUACCCGGCAGCUGUUACGCAAAAGACAGGUGUGGAAACUUGGUUAGAAGUAGGACGCUAUAAGAGUUACACACCAACUGCUGAAGAUAUUGGCCAUGUCCUCAAGUUUGAAUGUGCUGUUGUUGAUAUGGAAACCAUGUUGCCUGUGGCUUCUCCACUUACUGUAUUAACUUCUCGGGUCAUUCCAGCUCCAUCUGCUAGUCCACGUUGCUUAAUACCUGUUAAUGGGGUUGAUGUGAUGGGAAAGCUGGAUUUGGAUGGUCGAGUAUCGUCAGGAACUUUUACAGUGCUUUCCUACAAUAUUUUGGCUGAUGUGUAUGCUACAAGUGAAACAUUCAGUUAUUGCCCUUCAUGGGCCCUUUCAUGGCCAUAUCGCCGACAAAAUCUGCUCCGGGAAAUAGUUGGCUAUCGUGCAGAUAUAAUUUGUCUUCAGGAGGUUCAGAGUGAUCACUUUAUGGAAUUUUUUGCUCCCGAACUGGACAAACAUGGAUAUCAGGCACUUUACAAGAGAAAAACCAAUGAGCUCUACAAUGGGAACAUUCAAACUAUUGAUGGCUGUGCAACAUUUUUCCGUAGAGAUAGAUUUGCACAUGUCAAAAAAUAUGAGGUUGAGUUCAACAAAGCUGCACAAUCUUUGACUGAUCCUGCGACUAUCCUAACUGCUCAAAAGAGAAAUGCUAUAAACAGAUUAAUCAAGGAUGAUGUUGCACUUAUCGUAGUUCUUGAAUCAAAGUUCAGCACUCCAACGGUUGAUAAUCCAGGAAAAAGGCAGCUUGUUUGUGUGGCCAAUACGCAUAUUAAUGGGAAUCAAGAUUUGAAAGAUGUCAAGCUCUGGCAGGUGCAUACUCUAUUGAAAGGACUCGAGAAAAUAGCAGUCAGUGCAGAUAUUCCAAUGUUGGUCUGUGGGGAUUUUAAUUCUGUUCCUGGAAGUGCCCCACAUCAUCUUCUUGCUAGGGGGAAAGUAGAACCGACACAUCCAGAUUUAGCUGUAGAUCCUCUAAAUCUAUGUCAACCACAUAGCAAACUGUCACAUCAGCUACCGUUGGUUAGUGCUUACUCCUCCUUUGCAAUAAAGGGAGUCGGCAUCGGUUUAGAUAAGCAGAGGAAAAGGCUGGAUCCUACAACAAAUGAACCCUUAUUUACAAAUUGUACUAGAGAUUUUAUCGGAACCCUGGACUACAUAUUCUACACGGCGGACACUUUAACAGUGGAGUCUUUGUUAGAGCUCUUGGAUGAAGAGAGCUUGAGAAAAGAUACAGCACUUCCAUCCCCAGUAUGGUCCUCCGAUCACAUAGCACUUCUUGCCGAGUUCCGAUGCAAAUCUCGUCCUAGACGUUAACCCAUACUGUAGUUCAGGUGUGUGGAAGAAAAGCAUCGAAGCAAAGGUGCAGAAGGAGAAAAAAAAAAAAAAGGUUGGUGUUGGUUGAGAAAGUAAAUUAAAUAUAGUAAGAGUGGUGGUGAUGGAUCAUGCGGUGUUCAAUUCCCACAGAGUUAUCUCCACAUGAGAUCGUCACUGUGAUCUGCUUUUGUAUUUGUGGUACCUUCUUCAUCUCAUAGUAAAAGUUUUUAAUCUCAUGCCUUAAUCAUUCCUUUGC